AAAAAGAGACGUUAUAAUAGAAACUCCACGUUAGUUGCAAUUUCAGAAGAAAUAGAUAAUUUGUGCGACAAUCAAAAUGCACUACCAGAUGAAUCCGCUAUUAUUCAAUCUACAGAAUAUACAGAUGAGCUACCACGAGUUAAUAUGUUCAACUAUGUUCCUGCUGAAUCAGCAUUUAACGUUGAACAGGAAGACUUUAACAUUUCAUCAGAUUUGAAUUCAUGA